GGUAUACCGCCCAAGCCUAUUAGCCAGCAGAAUACUAGGAUGAGGAGGCCGUGUAGCCCGUCUUUUCAGCCUAGUUUGGAAUCCCCUUUUCUUCGUCAGCGCUGAGGUCGUUAACCCUGAUGAUUGUACGUCAGUUCACCAGCAGAGGCGUCACCUCUCAUCUGUGUGCCCGAUUUAAAGAGCCCCGGACCCAGAACAGACAGGACAUGGCCAGACCCAGCUCAGACCUAGCAGCGUUCCGAGAGGUGUUCUCUAAAGCCAAACAUGUGGCAAUCUUGACGGGAUCAGGGGUUAGUGCUGAGAGUGGGGUCCCAACCUUCAGAGGAGAAGGAGGCUUCUGGAGGAAAUGGCAAGCCCAGGACCUGGCCACCCCUGGUGCGUUCAGUCAGAACCCGUCCAGGGUAUGGGAGUUCUACCACUACCGCAGGGAGGUGAUGCUGACGAAGAGCCCCAACUCUGCUCAUAUGGCCAUAGCAGAGUGUGAGGCCAGGCUGCAGAAACAGGGGCGCCGCGUCACCGUCAUCACCCAGAACAUCGAUGAGCUGCAUCGCCGAGCCGGAUCCACCAACAUCUUGGAGAUACACGGCAGUUUGUUUAAAACCUGCUGUAUGAGCUGUGGUCAUGUUGGGGUUAACCACAAGAGCCCCAUCUGUGAUGCCCUGGAGGGCAAAGGUGCUCCAGACCCCAACACCAGUGAUGCUCAGAUCCCGCCUCAUGAUCUACCCAGGUGUGAGCAGGGUGGCUGUAGUGGUCUGCUCAGGCCUAAUGUGGUCUGGUUCGGGGAGACUCUGGACUCCGACAUCCUGACUCGCGUUGAAGAGGAACUAGACCUCUGUGACCUCUGCCUAGUGGUAGGUACGUCCUCCAUAGUGUACCCAGCAGCCAUGUUUGCUCCCCAGGUGGCGGCUAGAGGAAUACCAGUAGCUGAAUUUAACAUGGAGGAAACACCCGCCACCAUGCGCUUCAGGUUCCACUUCCACGGCCCCUGUGGGACCACCCUGCCCCCUGCACUGGCACGCCACGACAAUGAGCCCUGACUUCCCUGGGUCGAGCCAUAGUGCAGUUUACACAGACCGGACUCAAAUGCUGGAUGGGUGUGCUCAGGGGUGUAUUCAUUAGGGUAAAGCAUUUAGCAACAGUUAACGUUCUGCAUUGAAAACAAUCGUUUCUUAUUGGGCAAUUUCAGGUUAGUCGCUGCUCGUUUCAGCCAUUUGGUUCCUAAUGAAUACACCCCAGUUUUGUGAAUGUAAUGUAUGCUAUAGAAAAAACACUGUGCUGACAAUACCCCACACUCCCUAGGCUACCACUCUGGAUUUGUGUUAUUGCGUAAUAUGAAAACCCAUAUCAUGUCAAAAGAAUAAGUCACAAUUAUGACAUGUAGUCCGCUAUCUCAAGCACAAUGAUUCCUUUUCCCUUUGCAUAGGCAUAUUCAUCCAAUAUCAAUGCAUUAGAUCAUGGUGGUCGUUGCACGUUAGAUGGUACUUUUAUCAUAUUAAAAAGAUGAUAUAUAAAAUGUGGAAGGUUCAUAUCCGACCGUAGAUGCUUUUUAAAUCAGGUGUGUGUGCUGGCAGUAGUGGGCAGUGUUUAGCUAUAUUUGUUAUUGUCUGUCUACAGAGCAUGGGAAAAUCCCUGAUUUACUCCUAGCUGAUGCAUCUAAUUGCCAGUUCAUUGUAAAAGAGAACGGGUUCUCAAUAACCUACCUGAUAAUACAUUAACAACUAUUUUGGUCAGUUUGAGUGGUUCUGAAGCCUGGUCCCACUUUACUUUGACUUGUAGUAUAUGAGUGUUCAUUGAUGUGUCUGUGCCUUCAGGAUGACUGGGUCAGGGUUGGAGUUGAGGUUAUGAUAAAAAAAAAUGUCUAGUGA